ACCACUGGAUCAGCUCGGAGGGAGAGUGAACGGUAAUAAAAAAAACUAUUUUAUCUGCACAUGUACUGAUCAUAUAUUCAAGCUAAAAAUGUACAGAGGUCCGCCAAAUCCGGACUAUCUUGGGGCUCCGGUAGCCUCGUCUGGUUUCGGAAUUCCCGCAACCAGAUCUUUUGGACCUCCGCCGUUCUGCUCUCCUUUUGGGGGUCCGCCGGGUCUUGCUUACGGUGCUCCGCCGCCCGGUCUCCCUCCUCCUCCUCCGUCGGGACAUCUGCAGGCCGCUCAGUACGGCACACUGAAUGAAAGCUACAGAGAAUCAUUUUACGAGAACCGGCACUACACCAGCCACAAUACGGAGCAGAGUGGGUCCACGCUGAUGAGCUCUCAGGUCACACCUUCAGUUAACUCUUCGACAAACUGGUCCACCCAAAAGCUGGAUGAGCAAAACCAAGAAGUCAGGCAAAAAGCAGAGGCGUUUCUUAGAAUCCUGGAGGCCAGUGAACGGAUUGAGCUUAAAGGAGAUAAAAGUGACAUUGGAGAAAAGCACAGCAGCCGAGCACGGAGUCGGAGCAGAGGGAAGAGCCGGCCACGCAGUCGCAGCAGGAGCCGUGGAAGGAGCCGUGGCCGUAGCCGAGCGCGUAGUCGUGGAAAGAGUCGGCCUCGCAGCAGAUCACGUAGCAGAAGUCGCAGUCGAGCUAAAAGUCGCACAAGGGCCAAAAGUCGUCCAAGGAGUCGCAGUCGCAGUCAUGGGAAGAGUACUCGGAGCAAGAGUCAGGCACGCCUGAGUCCUAGCCAAAAUAAACCUCAGAAUAAAACAUCUCACAGGGGAACCGCAGAAAGCAGUCACAGCUCUAGCAGUAUCAGCAGUGGGCCGAGCCUUGGUGGUAGUGCUAUGCCUGAUAUUUUUCAUGGACUGAAACAGAUCCUACAGGGCAAAGAUCUGGAGAAACACCUUCCUUUGGUUAAGGGUGCCCUCCUCAGAAAUCAGAGUGCUGAUGAAACAGGUGGAACUGUUCUGGGAAAUCAACCUACAGUAAGAAGCUUCCAGAACCCUGAGCUGAGACCAGAACCUGAACCCUCUUUUGGACUCCGUUAUGGUUCCAUACUCCCUCACGAGAGCAGUAGCUUUUCCAGUAUCUUAUCCUGGAACACACCCAGCCAGCAGCCUGAAACCAAGCCAGUGUUCCAGAGUGUUGAAGAUGAGGAGAAAUUCCUUUAUGGAGAGGAAGAGGAGCGGGCCAAACCUCAGGCAGUGACUGUUCCAUUGGCCCAAACCAGAUCUGUGAGAUCUCCGGUUCAUCCUCUUAGUAAAGAACACCAGACUCACAGUGUCCAUGAAACCAAAGCUCAUGCCAUGCAUAGCGUGCAGCCUGUUGGAUCAGGCACUGCAACAGUUACUCCACAGCAAUGUGAGAAGGUGAAAAGCCUCCUGAGGACCAUCGGCCUGAGUCCAGGCAUGGCUGAUAUCUGUAAAAUGGCUGCUAGACUAAAAGAGAAAAAGGAAGAGCCAGGAGGGGCCUCCUCACUCCCACUGCUCAAACCAGCACUGGAGGCACUGCAAGCACUGUCCAAAGCAUCCAAAACUGAUGACAGCUGGAGUAACCGCUCUGGAAGCAGCCAUUCUCGAGAGUCAAAGCGUGAGGAGAAGAAAGUGGAUGAGAGAGAGAGAGAGAGACGAGAGAAACAGAUUCAGAAGAAAAGGAAAGAGUACCUGGUGAAAGAACUGGAGGGCUUGAUGAAACAGGAAGGUAGUGGGGAUCUGAUCCCAGUCAUGGGUUUUUUCUGUCAACGCUGUGAGGAGUUCUUUGGGGAUCCAAACAGCGCAGAAAAACAUGUUGCAUCUCAUGGACUCAAUGACAGGAACAAGGAUUCCAAUGGAGAUGAAAAACUUGGACAUUUUAAAAUGAUGGGGUCACAGGAGCAGCACAGGGAUGCUAAAAGACAUGGAGACCACCAUCAAACUUUAUCUUAUAGAAGAGCGAGCCCCCCCUGCAGAGCUGAUAGGCUGCCAUCCUCACAAGCCUCCCAGGACCACAGGGAACGCAGUCCCGACAGGAAGCGAGUCAGAGAUGACAAAAGCCCUCACUCUACGGACAAACCGAAAAGCAAGCCAGAGGGCAAAGACCGUAAGGAUGAGUGUAAGGACAAAUCCAAAGAGAAAAAGGAUAAAUCAGAUGAUGAUGAUGAUGACAAAACAAAGAAGGAGAAAAAGAAAAAGAAGAAAGAGAAGAAACUGAAGAAGAAAGAGAAAAAGAAGAAGAAAGAGAAGAAAAAGGAGACUGAUAAGCCUUCACUGUAGUCUUUUUGCAAGGAUAAUUCCUUUAUCUUUUAAGGGCAGCAGGAGCCAUAUGUUUGAGUUUUGUUUUUACACAAACCCGCUAAUGGACAUUGUCACUUGUGGCUGAUUCUGCUCUGAUUAAUGUUAAUGUGUCCUGUAGGCGACACUCCAAUCGCUUGAUGAGCAGGGUUUGCUUACCUUAUGAAGAGACUGCUUUCAGCCUGUUAAAUUAAAUGUGGGGAAAAAGAAAUGCCAUUAGAACCAGAGCUGAGAACUAAAAGGCAAACAUUUCAGGUUACCCCUCACAAUAAGGUUGUGUAUGGUAACAUUAGUUCACACAAUAUUUAACACAAUCAACAAUUCUUUUAUAGCAUUUAUUAAUCUUGGUUAUUGUUUUUACAUUAAACAUUUACAUAGUAUAUUUAUAAAUGACCAUUAUUCAAGAUUAAUAAAUAUUGUAAAAUUGUUUAUUGGUUGUUUGGAUACUUGUCUUCAUAUAUAUAUAUAUAUAUAUAUAUAUAUAUAUAUAUAUACACAACCACCUAAUUGUACUGAAAUGUAUAUAAUGUGCAGAAGAGAAUAUGGUUUCCUCUUCAAGUAAAGAAUGUUCUGCCUUACUAGCCAAGAAUGUCUCGUCUCAUUUGGCAUUGUCCUAUGAACAGUAUUCUCAAAACCAUACAUACCCUCUUUAAAUCCAUGUUCAGUAAGAAUGGAAAUUAUUUUGAGGUUUGUGGUCUGUUAUCUUUAAAACCCUCAUCUGUAGGGUUGAUAAAGUUGUGCUUUUCUGUCUAUUUUCUUAGUUCAUUAGUCCUCUGUACAGGUGAA